GCUGGUGACUUUCAAAAGAUGAAGACAAGGAGGAACUAUUGAUAGGAGUGCCCGAGGACCCAGGGUUUAAAACCUCCUGAGGGCUUCUGAGGACUCAGCUGGAACCACAGGCACAGCACCAUCAUGAUAUCGCAACCCAUGACCAAUGAGACCGUUGUAGUGCUCUCAACAAAUGGCAGCAACCUCUCCCAAACAGAGAAACCCCACCCCACCAACCAGAGGCAAGAUAGCCUGAAGAAAUAUCUAAAGGAUGAAGUCAGCGUUAUUGGGACUAUCCAGAUCUUUUGUGGCGUGAUAGUGCUGAACUUGGGAAUCAUUUUAGCAUGUGCUUCCUUCUCUCGACAUUUUACCGAUGUGUUUUCUACCCUGUUGAAGUCAAGUUACCCAUUCACAGGAUCCUUGUGUUUUGUCAUUUCUGGCUCUCUGUCAAUCAUCACGGAGAAAAGGUCAACUAGGACUUUGGUUCAUGGCAGCCUGGCUGGAAGCAUUCUGAGCACUCUGUCUGCUCUAGUGGGUUUCAUUCUCCUCUCUGUCACCCUGGCUGCUGUGACUCCUGCUUCACUGGAGUGUGAGUUGGACAAGAAUAACAGGCCCACUAAAGCUUACGGUUAUUUCUAUUAUCCUGAUUCCUAUUAUAUGAAGGACUGCAUUAUGGCCCAAACCAGUCUGUUUGGAACUUUGUCUCUGAUGCUGAUUUGCACCGUGCUGGAGUUCUGCCUAGCUGUGCUCACCGCUGUGCUUUGGUGGAAACAGGCUCACUCUGACAUCGACGGGGUUGUGCGUUUCCUGCCUCAAAGUUACAAGGAUGUAUCCAGCACGCCCUCAAAGAAGUUUGGCCCUGGAUAUCAAGAGCUAUAGAAUCCUUAGGAAAAAGGGGCGAGGGUGGAAUAUUCAUCAGAAAGUUGGUCUUUAGGAUAAUAUAGAAAACCUAAUAAUUAUUUAAAAAGCAAAGUUUCAGUUUCCUAAAUGUGAGCUUGUUAGGCAAUCAACAUUUUUAAAAAUUGUUUUCUUCUAAUUGAAUAUAUAUGUUGAAUGAGGGACUCUUGAUUUGCCUGAUAUUGACUUCAACAAAAGCACAGAGCUAUAAAUUACCUUUUCCUGGACUGUUCAAAUAGUCAUAGAUGGUCCUCUGAAAACUAGGCAGAAUGAUGAUGACUCAGUGGGUCAUGGUGAUGCAAAGGAGACAUUUUUUCUUGUACCCUUUAAUUGUCAACAUGAGUUAACUGAGUUUUGGGGGUGUUCAGACUCCUUUAUAAUAGGCACUAGUGUUUUAACACAUGUACUUUACUCAUUAGUACAUGGAGACAAGCUCCCUAUGAUGAAGUUCAGGGUGUAUAAAAGUAGCUGGCUUCAAAAUAAAAAUCUUUAUUUGAGUGCAUA